CUUCUCUCCAUCACCCCUCUGCCGGCGAUGGCUGCCCUGCAGUCGUGAGCCGUCCGCCGCAGAGCGCAUUCGAGUAGCCGCCGCGGUCGUCUCUCCUCAUCUCCUCUCCGCCACGACCUCGCCAUGCUCCAGCCCGCUGCGUCGCCGCCGCCGCGCCUGCGGGUGCGCCCCCACGCGCCGCUGCCCUCGCGGCCGCUGCUGAUCCCGCUCGUCGGCGAGGCGGCCGCGAGUCUUGCCGCCCUGCGUGCGAGCAUCCAUGCAGCGCUGUUCGGCGACGGCCUGCCGGCGACGUCGCAGGUGUUGCACGUCGCCGACACGCAGCUCGUGCUGCGCCUCGACGACUUUGAGAUCUGUGGGCGCCCGGCGGAAGUGCUGCGCGACGGCGACCUCAUCGAUGUACACGCGCUGCUGCAGCUACAGGCGCCGGCGGCCCGGCCCGUCCCGGCCGCCCUGAGCGCCCUCGGCGUCAAGUCGGAGGCGGCGUCGCGCUCGGGCGGCAGCCGCGCGGCCACUCCGGGCAAGCGUGUGCGUGACGUCGACGACGAGGGCGAGCCAGGCCAGGGCGAGCGGGGCCAGGGCUCCGGGCGGACACGCCGGCGGAACGCACAGCGCCGGCUCAAGCGCAGAGAUGGCCUGAACGAAGACAGCGUGCAGGGCGGCGUGUCGGGCGACGUGCUAGGCUCCUCGAGCGGCGGCGACGACGACUGGGAGGACGCCGAGGCUGCUGCGUGGGACGACGACGAGGACGGCAUGGAAUGGACUGGCGACGACGGGCUGGCGGGCGGGGACGGCGAUGAGCUGGACGGCGAGGUGGGCGAUGAGCAUGGGCUGGACGGCGAUGGUGGUGCCGUCUCGGACGAGGAUGACGCCGGCGCGCUGGGUCAGCUCUCCGCGCCCAACGCAGAAGAAGAGCUCCUCUUCGAGGCGCAAAAGAUCGCCGACAAGAUGCGGCGCCGCUUUGGCGCAGGCGCCGACGCCGAGAGCUCCGACGAGGCCAGUGAGGCUAGUGAAGCGCCCAUCGAUGACCUGCCGCGGAUGGACCACCAGCUCCCGAAGCCUGCCGCGGCUGCACCCGCCGCCAUGCCGCUGCCGCCCGUGGGCCUCCUCGCGCCGCCUCUCAAGUACGGCUUCCAGCCUGCGAGCGGCCUGCUUGCGCGCGGCGGGCCCGAGGCGGCCAUGCGCGCCUUUGAGGAGCGCAAGCGUGCCAUGCAUGGGCAAGCGCCGACAUCGGCACACGGGGGGAAAACCUCGGCAAGUGCGACAAACGAGCAGCCAGCUCGCAACGGCCGCGCGGCUUCGUCUGCAUCGAGCUCUUCGUCGUCGUCGUCGUCCAGCGCCUCGUCGUCCACCUCGUCUUCGAGCUCCUCUUCCAGCUCGCCCUCUUCCUCGAAGCUGCCUGAGCGCGACGCGGGCCACGUCGCCGCUGCGCCUCGGGCACCAGACGGAGCCAAGCCGAACGUGCUCCCCGGCGCGGGCUCGGCGCGGACUCGCCGCAAGAAUGCCUCGCGCCGCACCAAGGAGCGGGCGCGCGAGGACGCGCGGCGGGCGGCCGAGUUUGAGGAGAUCCGCCGUCGGAUCUCGACUGGCACCAAUGGCAUCGUGGACGAGACAAAUGGCCAGGACGCAAGCGACUCGUCGACGUCCGACGACUCGAGCGACAGCAGCGACAGCAGCGACAGCAGCAGCAGCGACGACACAAGCAGCGACGACGGCGAUGACGACGCACCUGCGCCAGGUGCGGCCGUGCCGGGCGACGCAGCCUGGAGCAUCUCGCAUGCGCCAGGCCGCGCCGCGCUCGUCCAGCAGCGCACUGUCGCCGAGACGCCGCCGCAUGCGCUUCCGCCCGGCGGCGGGCUGCUCGGCCUGCCGCAGCCAGAGCAAGUCUCCGCUCCGGAGAAGCCAUCGGCGCUCGAGGAGAGGCCAUCGGCACUUGAGGAGAGGCCAUCAGCGCUCGAGGAGAGGCCAUCAGCGCUCGAGGACAUUGCGCUGCGGCUGCUGGACCGGCCGCGCAAGCGUGCGGGCGUCCGGCCGAGCAAGAGCGAGCUCGCGUCGCCUGCUGCGGCCCGCGCUGUGGCCCCGAGCCCUCUCACCAAGUCUGCGCCGUCUGCCGUCGCUCCUGCAGCUGUCGCGACAUCUUCUGCGGCUCAGAGCCCCGCGCGCCGUGCCCCGCCGCCGCCGUCGACGCUCGCCAAGGUGCCGCCGCAGGUGCGUGUGCGUGCGCUCGACUGCACCACGUGGUACGACGCCGCCUGGAGCGAGGGCUGGCCGCAGCAGUGGUACGAUGGCAACGCGGACGAUGCGGCGCAGCAGUCGUGGUCCGCACUGCAGGCGCAAGCGCGCGGCACUGCGCAGCCCGAGAAGAGUGUCAUCGUCGCGGCAACGCCCGAGGACCUCGCCGCCGAGGAGCUGCGCGCGCAGCUCGGCCUGCCGCGCUCGUUUGGCAACGCCGAGACGUACGUGCUCAGCGCGGCGCCCGAGUCGGAGCCGGAGGAGGGCCAGGCCAGCUCGAGGCACGCCGGCAGCCCGCAGCGCGGCAACUCGCAGCAGGCCAGCUCGCAGCCGGGCAGCUCGCAGCAGGGCAGCCCGCUGUGGACCCAGCCGCUCUCGCGCUUGCCUGCCUGGCCGUUUAAGCCCGCAGCAGCAGCACCUGCGCCUGGCGCAUCGAAGGCGACCACGUCGGCUGCAUCGCAGGCGACCUCUCAGCCCAACACACCGGCGGCGCCUGCAUCCAAGGCGACUACGUCGGCCGCAGCUCAGCCUCCCGCGGCAGUCCAGGCGCGCAAGUCUACGUCGCCGUGCCUCGCCAGAUUCGCGCCUGUGCGGACGAAGACCGCCGCGCCCGCGCCGCAGACCGACGCCGCCGCGCACCAGAGCGCCCCUGCCGACAGCGCCGGGCUCGACUACAGCUCGCCGUCGCCGCCGCCCUCGCGCCCGCAGCCGUCGCUCCCAGCGAAGCCGUCCGCGGCGCUCCCCGCGAAGCCCGCGCCGCUGGUCGUGGCCGACGCCCUCGUGCAGGCCCGUCUUGCUGCGCUUGCGUCGCGGCGGGCGCGCAGCUAGUCCGUGUCCCUCGCAAUGGAUGUAUGCUAGAG